AUGGGUUGUUCUUUUUUUCGUGAAUUGCUUGAUGAUAACUUAGAUGAAGAUGAGAUAAUUAUAAAACUUCUCAUGGGUUCGACAUCACAACAUAAGCAUCGUCGGUAUAUCGAUCAUAAUCAUUUGGCAGGCCAUAGAAGGCUUUAUGAUGACUACUUUGCCGAAGAACCUAUAUAUCCUCCCGAAUUAUUUCAAAGGAGAUUUCGAAUGAGACGUUCUCUUUUUCUUCGAAUCAUAUUUAAGGUAGAAGCUCAUGAACCUUACUUUAUCCAAAAAAGAAAUGCUGCCAAAAAGCUUAGUCUAUCUCCCCUUCAAAAGAUGACCACUGCACUUAGGAUACUUGCUUAUGGAAUAGUAGCUGAUUCUAUGGAUGAAUAUGUGAGAAUAGCAAAAUCUACUGCAAUAACUAGUAUGAAAAAAUUUGUUGCAGCAAUGAUUGUCAUUCUUUCAGAGGAAUACUUGAGGUCACCAAACAAUGAAGACAUCGUUAGAUUAUUAGCCCAUGGCCAAAACCGUGGAUUUCCAGCUAAUUACUCAAUCAAUGGUCAUGAUUACAUAAUGGGAUACUAUCUUGCCGAUAGCAUAUAUCCACAAUGGUCAACAUUUGUGAAGACAAUCCCAAGGCCACUAGGAGCAAAAAGAAAAUUAUUUGCAAAAGCUCAGGAGGCAUAUAGGAAGGAUGUAGAGUGUGCAUUUGGAGUGCUUCAAGCACGAUUUGUAAUUGUACGUGGACCUGCACAGUUUUUCUAUCAUGAAACACUAUAA